AUGGUCUCUGCCGUCCCAGUCGCGCAGCCUGCGCCCUGGGAAAAGGUCCCCGACUACGACCAACUCUUUGUCUUGAUUACAGGAGCAAACAGCGGGAUCGGCCUAGGCAUCGCACAGCGCCUCAUUGACGAGUUCCUAGCCACGCGAUCGCUGACGUCGCACCUGAUUCUCAUCCCCACGACGCGCAGUGCCAAAAAGUCUCUUGAAACGAUUCGCACACUGCGCGCCUACGCCACCGCCGCUGCGCAGAACCCCGUGUCCAUACUGCGCAGCCGCGCCGGCGGCUUGGGGUCAUACCGGUGGCAGGAUACCGUGGAGCGCAUACACAUCCUCUCUCUGUCGCUGGACCUCUGCGACCUCAAGGGUCUGUAUGCCUUCGCUGAUGCGCUGUGCAGCAACACAGUCAGCAACCCGGACGGCCUCGAGGGCGAGUACCUGAAGAAUGUUCGCGUCCCGAGGCUCGACAGCGUCGUGUACAAUGCAGCCUAUGGCGGAUGGGAAGGCGUCAACUGGGGAGGCGCCAUCAAGUCUUUUUUCACCAAGGGCCUUCUCGAGACCGCCACCUACCCCGAUUUCAAGAAUGCAUUGCCGACGUGUAUAUUGAACGAGCGACCGAAUUAUGGCUAUCCCGAGAAACCCCUACUCGGCGAAGUCUUUACCGCUUGUACAUUUGGGCACUACUGCCUCACGCAUAGACUGAAGCCUUUACUUACCCGCCAACAAGACUCUGUCCUUGCCCCCGGCCGGAUCAUCUGGUCCAGCAGUAUCGAGGCGCACCGCAAUACACUUGCGGCAGAUGAUAUACAGUGCUUCAAUCGACCUGCGGCGUACGAGUCGGCCAAACGCCUCACCGAUAUCCUGUGUCUCACUAGCACGCUGCCGCAUGUUCAGCCGCACGCGCAGAGUCUUCUUGGAGCAGGCCGUCGGCGUCCCAGGACACACUCGGACUCGGAAACAGAGGUCGAAGACGCCAGCGGCGAUGAAGUAGACGCAAAGGGCGCCGUCACGAUCGGCCCGAAAAUGUACGUUUCGCACCCUGGUAUUGUGGCUAGCACACUUUUUCCCCUGCCGGCCUUUUUGUUCUGGCUGUACGAGUUCGCGCUGGUGCUGUGCCGCUGGGCGGGCUCGCCGUGGCACACUGAGACGGGCUACCGCGGCGCGUACGCGCCCGUGUGGCUCACGAUGCAGGAGCAGGCGGCGCUGGACGAGCUCGACGCCGAGCGCAUCAAAUGGGGCAGCGCGUACGACCGCGCGGGCAACUCGUUUGUCAAGCCGACCGAGGUCGAGGACUGGGGCUGGACCGGCGAUGUGGAAGACCCGGCCGACGACGACACCACCGGAUCGCUCAACAAAAAGUGCGGCCGCCGAUACGGCGCGCAGAUUGCGACUAAGCAGCAGCUCCUGGAAUUCGAGGAGCUGGGCGCGGCGUGCUGGCAGGAGAUGGAGCGCACGCGGCGGCAGUGGGAGGAUAUUCUAGAGUUGUAG